UUGGGCCACGAAUUGACACCCUUACUUCGAGGCCUCGCGUUUGCGGAUAUCUUCUCUCUCUCUCAAUUCCUGUCGCCAGGCUUCACAUUUUACUCUCAGAUCUCUAAAACCAGGGAGAAAACCUAUAGCUCUGAAUUAACAUCAAUGGCUACAGCUGUGCAGGAAGUUCUGCCCCCUACUCUGGAAUCUACUGCAGAGCCCCCCACUCUUUUUGAUGGAACAACAAGGUUGUACACAGCUUAUAUAUGCCCAUUUGCACAGCGUGCUUGGAUUGCUCGGAAUUACAAGGGUUUGCAGGACAAAAUGAAGUUGGUUCCUCUUGAUCUGGAUAAUAGGCCUACCUGGUACAGGGAGAAAGUCUAUCCCCCAAACAAGGUUCCUUCACUGGAGCACAAUAAUGAAAUCAGAGGAGAGAGUCUUGAUGUGGUCAAAUACAUUGAUAGUCACUUCGAAGGGCCUGCAAUUCUCCCUGAUGAUCCUGAAAAGAAAAAGUUCGCAGAAGAAUUGCUCUCCUACUCAGACACCUUCGUUGGAACUGUGUUUAGUUCAAUUAAAGGAGACCCUAACGCCGAUGUUGGUGCUGUUUUUGAUUACCUGGAAAAAGCUCUUUCCAAAUUUGAUGAUGGGCCUUUCUUCCUUGGCCAGUUCGGUGAGGUGGACAUAGCCUAUGCUCCAUUUAUCGAAAGAUUUGAACCAUUACUGCUGGAGUUGAAGAAAUGUGACAUCACCACUGGCAGGCCGAAGCUAGCAGCAUGGAUUGAGGAGGUGAACAAGAUUGAGGCCUACAAACAAACGAAACUUGAUCCACAAGUGCUGCUUACACCCCUGAAAAGAAAGCUUCUUGGUCAGUGAGAUAUGUGGUAUAAUGUCUCUCCCUUAGUCUCUUCUCCAGGAUCUUUUCCACUAUUUGGGUUAUGUUUUCAGUAUAUGGAAUAAAGUGUGAUAAUCUGAGUGUAUACAUGAGAGUACAUUACAUAAAUAAAUUGUAACCUCUGCCUAUGUAGGAGAGAAAUAUAAACUAUAUUAUUUAAACAA